AUGAGGUUUGCGUUUCGGGCCCCGCUGGUCCCCCUGGACAUCCUGGCCCCCUUCUGGUCUCUGGCCUUCAACACAUUAUCGAUAAUCAAACCGGUCACUGGGUCACUCUCGGGGAAGGUCAGUCUUCCCUGCUUCUUCUCCAUCAUCCCAACCUCAGCACCGGUGAUCAGUCCCAAUGGAACUGUCGUUUAUAGCAGAGAUUACUUGCGGAUCAAAUGGACCAAACUAAAUGGAGAAAAUGAAUCCACUGUGCUGGUGGCGCAGAAUGGCGUCAUCAAAAUAGGCUCCAUCUACAGGAACCGUGUAUCAGUGCCCAGUCACCCUGAGGAUGUAGGUGACGCCUCGUUGACAAUGGUCAAGCUGCGUGCCAGCGAUGCCGGCACCUAUCGUUGUGAGGUCAUGUACGGCAUUGAGGACACCCAGGAUACAGUUAACCUCGAUGUGGAUGGUGUUGUGUUUCACUACCGGGCAAACACCAGCAGGUACACUUUGGACUACCAGAAGGCUGUCAAGGCUUGCCAAAACAUUGGAGCAACCAUUGCUACAUAUGACCAACUGAAAGCAGCCUAUGAGGAUGGCUUUGACCAAUGUGAUGCCGGCUGGAUUGCCGACCAGACAGUGAGAUACCCCAUUAGAAGGCCAAGGGACGGCUGCUAUGGCAACCUAAAGACCGCACCUGGCGUUAGGUCAUAUGGGACCAAGAAACCCACGGACACCUAUGAUGUAUACUGUUACGUAGACAGACUUGAUGGUGAAGUGUUCUAUGCUCCCGUGACCCAUAAGAUGACUUUGGAGGAGGCCAGUGCAGAGUGUAAGAAGAGGAAUGCAGUCCUGGCAAGCCCCGGCCAGCUCCACGCUGCCUGGCGAAAAGGUCUGGACAGAUGCGACUAUGGCUGGCUCUCUGAUGGCAGUGUACGACACCCUGUUGCAAGAGCCAGGAUGCAAUGCGGGGGAGGUUUACUCGGCGUCAGGACCAUGUACCGCUACAGAAACCAGACUGGCUUUCCAGAACCGACGAGGAAACUUGGAGCUUAUUGUUUUAAAGGAAGGACACAGGUGAUCAACCAGACUUCCUUUGUGGAUAUGGCUAUGGUUGGAAUCACCACCACCACCACCAUCAGCUCCACCACCUCCAUCCCUUUACUGGAGAGUAGCACCACUAUGCUAACACCACCAUCUGAGACUGUAUUGGAGUCAGAAGAAUCAACAGAUGAUCCAUCCAUGUUUUCUACCAGUAUGACUCCACCUCGCCCCACACCGAAAGGCCAAGAAGAAGAGUUAAUCACCACAGUCGCGCCCACCAUCAAAGAGGAACAUGAAGACACUGAUGAUGUAACAGCUGCACCCGACUUUGAUUUUGAUGACUUUAGUAAUGUAACCUAUAUAGAAGCCAUUCCCCACCGUGGUGACACAUUCCCAGAACCCCAGCACACAACAGAGAGCACUGACUCCACAGAGUCAGUGGACCAACCCUUCGAGGAGCCAGACGAUCACUCAGUCAUUGAGAUCAGCACAAUCCAGCCUGAUGUCCCCAUACCAGACGCCUCUCUCAGCACGGAGCCUAUGUUUGCAAAGGGGAACACUGAGGAAACCAUUCUAGAUUCUAUCAUCACCACAGUCACCGACCUCGCAGACACCCCAACAGACUCAACUGAACUGACCAGCGAGGAAGUGGUCAGCCCCUCAGAAUCACCCUCAACCGCUGCCCCUUAUUCAACAGUACCAUUCCUUGACUAUGAUGAGAUUGAGACAGGUUUUGCUCCAGAGGCACUGCCACCUGCUCAGCCACCCCAACCAGACCUCUCAUCCAGCCCAUCAGACAGCACUAGUAUGGAUGAAACAUUUCCCUCAGCCAUUCCCACUGACACCACCUUUAUGUGUAACACCCAACCUGGCAGUGAGUUGGAGAUCACCACCACCACCACAGCACCGCCAGAAACUACCAGCACUGCCACACAAACCUCACCUCAAACUCAGGAUGUAGAGACACCGGCUGUCGUCUACAAGGACGACUCCACAUCUGCAGAUGUGGCAGGUGCCACCAUCCCAAUUGACGUUGGAACCUCAGCCGAAGACGUGACAUCGCAAACAAGUGUGGUUGUCUUUGGUGAGACUACCACUCAAGUACCAGUGCCAGCCCGUGACUUCUCGACAGAAGACGACACAGCAGCAGAGAUAGACACAGAGUUCUUCACAUCUGCUCCCGGGGCUUCAGCUGUGGGCGAAACCACCAUCACUACCACGCAGAAUGUAUCAGUUGACCUGACUCUACAGCCACAAGUCUCUCAGACUCCUGCCAUACCAGUUGUGCCUGACCAUCCCAGCCCUUCCAUAGCUGAUGGGGAGCCCAUCCUGCAGAGUGGAGACCCAGACCUUUCCUCCCAAGCUGCGGUAACCAUCACUCCAGCUGUUAGCUUUGUAAAUGGCAAACAUGAGAUCACACUGGAGCCACAGAGCCCAGACGAAAAAGAGGUCAAAGGUACCCAGAUUCUGACAAAUGUGACAGCUCUGGGAACGAGCGAUGAAAUAACCACAGUGUUUGAUUAUAGUUGGACUGAUGUCCCUGUUGAUAGCUACACUGAGUCUACAGAGUCUACAAAAGAAACAACAGCAAUACUGACCUCUACAGAGGUCCCAGAUGUUGAUGAGUAUGACCCUGAUAUAAUCCCACUAGUUGAAUCAACAUCUCCUCACAUACUCCUUGAGGAAGAUGGGCUGACCACAAAAGGCCCCACACAGAAAGACACAACCUCUGUACCAGCCUCAAGAGCGGAGGAAUCGAAAACCACACAAAAAACUGUAGCUGGCCCAGCUGCCACAGAUGCCACAGAGGGUAUAAGCGAUGUCAGAGCUACCUCUGCUGACUUUGUUCCUUCAGUGACUCCAGCUGAGCCACAGAUCACCAAAGCAACAGGAGAAACCCAGACUACAAAAGCUGAUAAGGAAACCACCUCUGUCAUCACCACAUCUGAGCAAGAAGAGGUAGGAGAGUUAGGGAGGACUCCCACGUAUGCUAAAGGUGACUCAGAAGUGACUCAGACAGAAAGGGCUAUGGACCAAACCCCUGUUACUUCUUCAACCGAGCUUUACACAGGCAGAGAUACAGCUGAAACCACAGAGGACACAAAGAGCACAUCUGCCACUCCAGCUGCCGAAGACAGCACUCAGUCUACGUUACAGACUGUGUACACUCCCUCCUCUGAUGACGCUGAUGGGAAAACACCAACAUCAACAACGAGUGACUCACAGAGCUCCACUCAAGAUGUGGAGGGAGGGAAAGAGACCCAAACCCCAAAAGAAUUUGCCUUCAGCACAACGGCUCCUUCAGUAUCAAGUAGUUCAGCCUCUCCUGAACAGACAGCCAAGACUGAGAUAACACCAGCUAUAGAUGUAGGCAGCACUGAAUCAUCAGCAUCUCUAGCACCCACCCUGGCUGAAACUUCAGAGGAUACAGUCACAAGUCAGGAAGGGAGUACAGCCAGCAAAAUGCUGUCCGUCUCACCUACUGAGAAAGUUGCGACUGAUGCAAUGUCUACACCAGAGGAGGAAGGUUCAGGAGUUCAAACAGUAAACAUGUUUACAACUGGCCCAACAUCACAUACCUCUGCAGGGACUGCAACAUCAUCUUCAAGUUUGAGUUCUACAUGGGAGAGUGGAAUACCAUCACAAACAGUAGAAACAGCAAGCACAGAUAAAACACCCACCACUAUGGAUGAGGAGUGGAAACAAGACACUGAGGAUGAUGUUACCAGCAGUAGGUCUACAAUGGUGGAGUCCAUUCCUUCCAUCAGUGGAGCAACCUUGAGUCCUGAAACAGCAUCAUUCCUCAUGACCACAAGAGGAGAGGGUUCUGGAGAUGGCACUGAGGUGCUCGCUGAAGAGUCACUCAUCACAGCAACCACUGUCUCUUCAAUGCUGAGUACAGGGUCUCCAUCAGUGGCAGUAUCAGGUGAAACUGAAACAAGUGAUACUUCAAAAACUGCUGUUACUCCAGCUUCAUCACUUUACAGUACUGAGAAACCAAGCUCAGUGUCACCUGAAACAAAAGAGACAGUAACCACGAGUCAGACUGACAAAGCAUCAGUAACACCAGAGGCAAGUUCAACUUUAGGAACAACACAUGAAGAGAGCUCAGUUGCGGAGACUGAGGUGUCCAGCAAAGAUGCAACAGCUCCUACAGCUUCCUCGUUGUUUAGCACUGAGAAGCCAACAGUACCACCAGUUGAGGAAGAAGACAGUGCUGUCACAGAUCAGACAGAGAGGUCCUCAGUGUCGUCCAUUACUGAUGAGACAGAGCAAAGUUCCAUUUUGACUCCAGUAGAUGAAAUUGGCUCUGGUGACCAAACCCCUGACACUCCUACCUCUUCAGUCACAGACACUGAGGAUGAUGUUACCAGCAGUAGGUCUACAAUGGUGGAGUCCAUUCCUUCCAUCAGUGGAGCAACCUUGAGUCCUGAAACAGCAUCAUUCCUCAUGACCACAAGAGGAGAGGGUUCUGGAGAUGGCACUGAGGUGCUCGCUGAAGAGUCACUCAUCACAGCAACCACUGUCUCUUCAAUGCUGAGGACAGGGUCUCCAUCAGUGGCAGUAUCAGGUGAAACUGAAACAAGUGAUACUUCAAAAACUGCUGUUACUCCAGCUUCAUCACUUUACAGUACUGAGAAACCAAGCUCAGUGUCACCUGAAACAAAAGAGACAGUAACCACGAGUCAGACUGACAAAGCAUCAGUAACACCAGAGGCAAGUUCAACUUUAGGAACAACACAUGAAGAGAGCUCAGUUGCGGAGACUGAGGUGUCCAGCAAAGAUGCAACAGCUCCUACAGCUUCCUCGUUGUUUAGCACUGAGAAGCCAACAGUACCACCAGUUGAGGAAGAAGACAGUGCUGUCACAGAUCAGACAGAGAGGUCCUCAGUGUCGUCCAUUACUGAUGAGACAGAGCAAAGUUCCAUUUUGACUCCAGUAGAUGAAAUUGGCUCUGGUGACCAAACCCCUGACACUCCUACCUCUUCAGUCACAGACACUGAGGAUGAUGUUACCAGCAGUAGGUCUACAAUGGUGGAGUCCAUUCCUUCCAUCAGUGGAGCAACCUUGAGUCCUGAAACAGCAUCAUUCCUCAUGACCACAAGAGGAGAGGGUUCUGGAGAUGGCACUGAGGUGCUCGCUGAAGAGUCACUCAUCACAGCAACCACUGUCUCUUCAAUGCUGAGUACAGGGUCUCCAUCAGUGGCAGUAUCAGGUGAAACUGAAACAAGUGAUACUUCAAAAACUGCUGUUACUCCAGCUUCAUCACUUUACAGUACUGAGAAACCAAGCUCAGUGUCACCUGAAACAAAAGAGACAGUAACCACGAGUCAGACUGACAAAGCAUCAGUAACACCAGAGGCAAGUUCAACUUUAGGAACAACACAUGAAGAGAGCUCAGUUGCGGAGACUGAGGUGUCCAGCAAAGAUGCAACAGCUCCUACAGCUUCCUCGUUGUUUAGCACUGAGAAGCCAACAGUACCACCAGUUGAGGAAGAAGACAGUGCUGUCACAGAUCAGACAGAGAGGUCCUCAGUGUCGUCCAUUACUGAUGAGACAGAGCAAAGUUCCAUUUUGACUCCAGUAGAUGAAAUUGGCUCUGGUGACCAAACCCCUGACACUCCUACCUCUUCAGUCACAGACACUGAGGAUGAUGUUACCAGCAGUAGGUCUACAAUGGUGGAGUCCAUUCCUUCCAUCAGUGGAGCAACCUUGAGUCCUGAAACAGCAUCAUUCCUCAUGACCACAAGAGGAGAGGGUUCUGGAGAUGGCACUGAGGUGCUCGCUGAAGAGUCACUCAUCACAGCAACCACUGUCUCUUCAAUGCUGAGGACAGGGUCUCCAUCAGUGGCAGUAUCAGGUGAAACUGAAACAAGUGAUACUUCAAAAACUGCUGUUACUCCAGCUUCAUCACUUUACAGUACUGAGAAACCAAGCUCAGUGUCACCUGAAACAAAAGAGACAGUAACCACGAGUCAGACUGACAAAGCAUCAGUAACACCAGAGGCAAGUUCAACUUUAGGAACAACACAUGAAGAGAGCUCAGUUGCGGAGACUGAGGUGUCCAGCAAAGAUGCAACAGCUCCUACAGCUUCCUCGUUGUUUAGCACUGAGAAGCCAACAGUACCACCAGUUGAGGAAGAAGACAGUGCUGUCACAGAUCAGACAGAGAGGUCCUCAGUGUCGUCCAUUACUGAUGAGACAGAGCAAAGUUCCAUUUUGACUCCAGUAGAUGAAAUUGGCUCUGGUGACCAAACCCCUGACACUCCUACCUCUUCAGUCACAGGAGAGGGUUCUGGAGAUGGCACUGAGGUGCUCACUGAAGAGUCACUCAUCACAGCAACUACUGUCUUUUCAAUGUUGAGUCCUGAGUCACCAUUACUUGUAGUAUCAGGUGAAACUGAAAAAACUGAUACUUCAAAAACAGCUGUUACCCCAGCUACAUCACUUUACAGUACUGAGAAACUAAGCUCAGUGUCACCUGAAACAAAAGAGACAGUAACCACGAGUCAGACUGACAAAGCAUCAGUAACACCAGAGGCAAGUUCAACUUUAGCAGCAAGUGAGCAGACUGAGGUGUCCAGCAAAGAUGCAACAGCUCCUACAGCUUCCUUGUUGUUUCGCACUGAGACACUAACAGUACCGCUAGUUGAGGAAGACGACAGUACUGUCACAGAUCAGACAGAGAGGUCCUCAGUGUCGUCCAUUACUGAUGAGACAGAGCAAAGUUCCAUUUUGACUCCAGUAGAUGAAAUUGGCUCUGGUGACCAAACCCCUGACACUCCUACUUCUUCAGUCACAGGUACAUCCUCUCUCUUCAGUACUGAAGCACCAACAGCAAUGUCUCCUGGAAUGACAGAAAGUCUUGAAACAGAUAAGACAAUAGUUCCAUCAAUUAUAGGAGGACCAUCAGUUUCUCCGAUUUCUGUUGAGACACUGACAAGCUCAACAACAGUGUCUCCAAGUUUGGCCUCCAUUAUAUCUGUUGUCACAGACACUGAGGAUGAUGUUACCAGCAGUAGGUCUACAAUGGUGGAGUCCAUUCCUUCCAUCAGUGGAGCAACCUUGAGUCCUGAAACAGCAUCAUUCCUCAUGACCACAAGAGGAGAGGGUUCUGGAGAUGGCACUGAGGUGCUCGCUGAAGAGUCACUCAUCACCGCAACCACUGUCUCUUCAAUGCUGAGUACAGGGUCUCCAUCAGUGGCAGUAUCAGGUGAAACUGAAACAAGUGAUACUUCAAAAACUGCUGUUACUCCAGCUUCAUCACUUUACAGUACUGAGAAACCAAGCUCAGUGUCACCUGAAACAAAAGAGACAGUAACCACGAGUCAGACUGACAAAGCAUCAGUAACACCAGAGGCAAGUUCAACUUUAGGAACAACACAUGAAGAGAGCUCAGUUGCGGAGACUGAGGUGUCCAGCAAAGAUGCAACAGCUCCUACAGCUUCCUCGUUGUUUAGCACUGAGAAGCCAACAGUACCACCAGUUGAGGAAGAAGACAGUGCUGUCACAGAUCAGACAGAGAGGUCCUCAGUGUCGUCCAUUACUGAUGAGACAGAGCAAAGUUCCAUUUUGACUCCAGUAGAUGAAAUUGGCUCUGGUGACCAAACCCCUGACACUCCUACCUCUUCAGUCACAGGUACAUCCUCUCUAUUCAGUACUGAAGCACCAACAGCAAUGUCACCUGGAAUAACAGAAAGUCUUGAAACAGAUAAGACAAAAGUUCCAUCGAUUACAGGAGAACCAUCAGUUUCUUCAAUCUCUGUUGAGACACUGACAAGCUCAACAACAGUGUCUCCAAGUUUGGCCUCCAUAAUAUCUGUUGUCACAGACACUGAGGAUGAUGUUACCAGCAGUAGGUCUACAAUGGUGGAGUCCAUUCCUUCCAUCAGUGGAGCAACCUUGAGUCCUGAAACAGCAUCAUUCCUCAUGACCACAAGAGGAGAGGGUUCUGGAGAUGGCACUGAGGUGCUCGCUGAAGAGUCACUCAUCACAGCAACUACUGUCUCUUCAAUGCUGAGUACAGGGUCUCCUUCAUUGGCAGUAUCAGGUGAAACUGAAACAAGUGAUACUUCAAAAACAGCUGUUACUCCAGCUUCAUCACUUUACAGUACUGAGAAACCAAGCUCAGUGUCACCUGAAAGAAACGAGACAGUAACCACGAGUCAGACUGACAAACCAUCAGUAACACCAGAGGCAUCAUCAACUUUAGGAACAACACAUGAAGAGAGCUCAGGUGUGGAGACUGAGUUGUCCAGCAAAGAUGCAACAGCUCCUACACCUUCCUCGUUGUUUAGCACUGAGAAGCCAACAGUACCUCCAGUUGAGGAAGAAGACAGUACUGUCACAGAUCAAACAGAGAGGUCCAAGCAACGCUUUGUUGAACUAACAACCUUGGCAACAACCACAUCAAGCCCAUCAAUGACAUCCACAUUUGUUGAGGAGGACAGUUCAAGUUUUGGAGAAUUUACAACAGUCACAUUAAGUCCCUAUACACUUGAAACGUCUCAGCCAAUCCCCAGUGUCACUGUGUAUGCCUCAAAGGAAACUUCCACUUUCAUUGACAUGGAGAGCUCUGGUGGCUCAACUGAUGAGGAUGAUUUAGAAUCAGGUCAAGAAGGAUCUGCAGAGGUUUCCACUGAAACUACCACAAAACCCCAGGAUGAAUAUACUGUGGCCACAGAUGAGACUGAAACAGAUGUCACUGAGAGCACAACUGACAUGUUAAGUGCUGCAUCCUCAACUCACUCCAGUACACAGCUCAAAACGGAAUUUAUAUCAUCAACUCAAUCACCACACAUGACAAGCACUGACAGUUACAUUACUGAGCAGGGUAGUGGGGUCUUCACAGAUGAUUCUACAGUAGAGGAUGAGAGUUCAGGUGUUGACCUUUUUGACCAAUCAACUAUAUUUUUACCAGUCACAAGUUCUCCUGUGAUGUCCACUGCUGUCAUUGAGAGGAGUUCAAGUGACAAAAGAGUUACACAAACACCUACUGGCACCACAGCUUCUUCUUUUCAUAGCACUGAGAAGCCAACAGCAAUGUCUCCUGAAAUGCACACUUCAACAGUUCAGGGAAGCCCAGCUUAUACGUUCUCUCAGUCGUCCUCUAUUUCACCUGCAACUGUUUAUAACACAGAGUCUCCCGCUUUCACAUUGGAUACAUUUUCAGCUUUCUUAGAUAUUGAGGAUAAAGAGAGUACAGCCUUUUCCCUGUUGAGCACAGAGAUACCUAAAACAACAACAGCAUCACAUGAAACUAGACCAUCUGAUAUUCCAAAAUCAACACCAAGUUCAGCCUUUACUUUGACCGAGGGAGAGAGUUCUGGUAACCAAACCACUGAGAUGCUCAGCUCAAAGCCAUCAGUGAUGGAUAGCGUCACGUUUGGAGAAGCAACAGGUGAAACUGAAACCUUUGUUUCAGUCACACCAACCUCUGAUGAGCAGGUUUCCUCACAAGAGGGUGAAAUUACUCCAGGUACAGAAAGCCCCAUCACUUCUGAAGCAAUAGAACCUUCUGUUUCGAGCAUAGGGAAAGAUGAAGUUACUGUAUCUGAGCACAUAAGUCAGUCCUCCUACACAACUAUGUCCCCCUAUACAGUUGGAACUUCAGUUAGUGAGCACCCCACAGUCACCACAGUAAGCUCUAGCAGUGAAGAGAAGCAAGAUGCAUUUGUAUCAAUGUCCACCCCUAUUCCCUCCAUUAUAUAUCAUAGCAUUACAGACCAACAGGUCAUGAUCAUUACUCCCAGUAGCAGCCAAGCCAAGACUGACCUAACUGAACAAACACCUACCAUGGUCCUGCAUGUGUCUAAACCAUCAACCACCACAAAUAUCAUAUUCACAGAGGAUGUAAAAGAUGAAGAUGGGCUGUUCUCUGCAGUUACAGAAAGUAUUGCUAAAGACAGCUCCACUCCUGAGCUUGUCACCAAAGAUGAUAAUAUCAUUGAUGCAGAUACUAUUUCCAUAGUUCCCUCUUCUUCAUUUUACCCAACCAUCCAGACUGAGGAAGCUGGAGGUGUCACACCAGUGACAAUGACACAAGAAUUGGAGGUAACAGAAGAAUCAGAGGGUUCAGGGGCUGACAAUGCCUCCCUCUUUACUCCCAUACCAGUAACUUUACAUGCAACCUCAGCCACUGAUUCAUCAAUAGCCUCAACAUCUUCUGAACAUUUACCAUCCAGUUCAAAACCAUCAACUGUCGAAGGUGCGUCUACUAUGGAGACAUCCAGUGAAGAGAUGGUCACAUUCGCACCACAGGCCACCCCAGUUACUACUCUGUCCACAAAGUUAGGCUCUGAAGAAACAUAUGAUUUAACCACACCACAUACAGUUUUCACUGUUGAGACUCAAACCAAACCAGUUCCAGAGAUGGUGGGGGUUGAUUUAUCAGGCGAGGUCACUCCUGAUAAUGUCACUGAGUCUGUCACUGAGAUUGACGCUUCCUCAACUUUGCCUUCUGAAACUUUAUAUGACACAACAGACACAAGCUCAGCCACUCCUGUGUCCAGUGAGGAGUACAUGGUCAACACAGCUGACAAAGAAAAAUCCAUUGCCUCCUCACCCACAGCCAUUACAGCCAUAAGUCAAGUCACAACAGAAACCUUAAGUUCCACCAUUUCCACUGCUGUACCUUCAGCUGCUGUCACAGCACACACACCGGUGUCCACUGGAAUUGGGACAGUAAAAUCAACCAGUGAAGCAUCUGAUGAUGAAUAUUCAGGUGAUGAUGACUCUGAAGAAGGCUCUGCAGAGACAACUUCGGGGUCCUCAGUGGAUGGUUGGACAGCAUCUGAAAAACCAGUGAAACCUACAACUUCUUCACUGUUCAGCACUGAGAAACCAACUGUUGCCCCUGAUACAGGACAUACAGAUGAGGUGAUUUCAGGCGACCAAAACCAAAGUAUGUUUACUGAGGACAUAAUUACAUCCGAUAAGGCAGAGCACAUCACACCUACCUCACCUGGAACUGCCACAGGAGAGUUUGCAAAGUCAACAACAAGUGCUUCCUCUUCUCUCUAUAGCACAGUGAAACCGUCUGAUACAGAAGGGACAGACAUCACUGAUACAGACACAUCAAUUGAUCAAACCUCUGGUAUAAUAACAACUCCAACAGUGAAGGCUGAACCAGUAACACUUUCAAUUACCUCUCCUGAAUCUGCCACUGGGGAGACUGAAGUUACAGUAUCAAGUGCUGUUUCCAGUCUUUAUAGCACAGAGAAGCCAACUGUCACAUCAUCUCUGGAUGUUACUGGGAAGGAUGGAUCAUAUGAUCACACUCAUGUGACAGAGCCUGUGACACAGAGAGCUGGUCCUAUGCAUAGCACAAUGAAAACAGACCAAAUGCUAUCCACAACAACGUUAUCUACUCCCUACAGCACUCAUACAUUUUCAGUGGAAAGCAACACAGAUGUUGCAGGUGAGGGGGGCUCUGGUGAUGGGACCUCAGACACUUCAACUGCAUCAUCCAAGACAGUCACAUCUGAGAGUGAAAAAACUGUAGCCACCCCAAUAUCUCCUCAGGUCAGUACAGAGAAACCCAUUAAAAUGACCCCUGAGGAUGAAACUCAAACAAGUGAGAUGACCACAGAGGUAGAGAAAGCAUCAUUGUCAGAAACGGUCUCACCCCCUACUGAUGGUGCAACAUCAACUCCAGCACAUGAAGAGAGCACAAAGGAUCACAUAACUUCUAUAUCUCCAAAAGAAUCAGUUUCUACAUUGGCAGUAUCUUCUCUACAAAGCACUCCAAAGCCUGGUGUGAUGGUUCAGUUUGUCACCACUUUUGUACCAGAACUAGAUACAACACCAUCUGAGGUGUCCUUCCAACAGGCCAGGUCUGAGAUCACAUUCACUCAUCAUCCCCACGUUGACAUCUCCUCAGAAGAAACUGUGUUGGCCACAACCAGCCCAAUGUUGCCAAGUGAGGAGUCAAGCCAGCGCUUGCAACCUAGUGAUGUAACUCCCCAGACUGUUGCAACAACCACAUCACUGGAAGAUAAGACAGCUGAGGAACCAAGCCAAGCACCUGUAACCAAAGAAGUUUCAACUAAUACCGAAGGUAGCACACAAGAUAGUGAAAUCCAGAAAACAUCUACUGAUUCUGUAUUAACUUCCCAUCCUACAGAUGAAACAGUAGAUUCUAAAGGGACAGAACCUGCUGGAGUUGAGUACACAACUCCAAAACUUGCAACUGACAGAUCUGCAAAACCUGAAGAAGAAACUGCAGCUGUUGAGACUGCAUCUUCUGCAGACUCAAGCUCAGUGGAUACAUCUGCAGAGAGUUCAAGUGAACAAACUCUAGAGGCAACUGUGUCUUCACUGUUCAGUGCUACGACUCCAUUGGUGGCUUCCAUUUCAGAUGUUACCAAUGGCGUGGUGUCUGAAGAGUCAUCAACGUCACCCACCAAAAUGGUGACAGGAGAGAGUGAACAGACUGCCACACCCCCUACUGCUGCUGAGAAAUCAACUGCAGUGUUACUUGAGACAGACACUUCAACAGAUAAAGACGGUUCAAGUUAUGAAAAGAUAUCAUCAGAGAGUGAGGAGAUCCCUGUAUCAACAGCAACAAGUAUAAUCAUUGUAACAGAAGAAGAUGGUUCAGGUGACAAUACAUCUACAAUCUCUGAUUCUGACUCUGUCACUGCAGUCGUUUCAUCCCUGCCCACUACUAAGUUGGAUACUAUCAGUAGCACUUUAUCUUCUGAGCUGGCAAACACCCAAACAGUUAAACCUGAAUCAUCUACACAUGAACAAAUCUCAGAUCAUAAAUCACCUGAUGUCUUCACUGAAGCUCAUGCAACACAAUCCCCCUCCAGCACCGCAGGUGCUACAAGUGCUGUAGAAAUCUCUCCAAGCUCGGAGACUAAAGUAGUGGUCACCACAAUGCCAGCUGAACACAUUUCCCUUGAACCUACUUCAAAUGUCCUGUCAGCAUCAGUACCAUCACAGCCUGAUGUUAUGGUCCAGUAUGUCACAACAGUUUCACCUAUACAACAUCUAAUAACUCCCCAGGAGUCAUUUGAACAUGCCAGAUCAGAGGUUGCACUAACACACCGCCCUCACGCUAAUCUUUCUUCUCAGGAUAUAUCACUGACAACAACUCGCCCUAUGCUUACAAGUCAUGAAGCAAGCCAGAUUAGAGAAUCAACGACUGUUGGCUCUUCUUCAGUGGCUGAAGCUGUAUCUGCUUCAGUGGAAGAUGGGACACUUGAACCCGCUGUUGAUCAGGUUUCAAGUGGUUCAAGAACUGAACCAUCUCCAGAUACGGAUGUACAAGUCACGCCUUCUAUGGAGAAUAUAUACGGUGAUAAUUUGGAUUAUCCAGCCCCAGAUUAUGAUGACAAAAACCCCAGUUUUGUUGAAUCCAAUCCACUAAACCCCAAACUUGAAACACCAAAAGAAGCAGUGUUCAUUACUACAACACCUGUUGUUUCUCAAACAUCUGAGAGACAGCCUGUUUACUCAGUGAGCAGCACUGAAGGUAGCUCAGUGGAAAAGGCAACCAAACCACCUGCACUAUCAGCAGCAGCUAUCACUGUCUUGCCUUCUGCUGCAGCUCCAGUCGUUGCACCAUCCUCCUCUAGUUCAGAGAGUGGUUCAGAGAGUAGUUCAGAAAGCAGCAGCAGCUCAGAAGAAGGCAUGUCCACAGAAAGCUCUGAGAGUAUGUCUGAUGAGGUGAAUACGACAACGAAACCAAAGAGCUGUUUGGAGGAACAGUCACUGUCCCCAGAUGAAAUUCAGACUGUAUUUAAGGUAGAUGCUACCACAGCUUCAAAGAUGGAGUCUGCUAGUGUUGAUAGCACCUCUGGGAAAGAGGAAGUUGUGGGCAAAAUUGAGGAAGACGUCUCUCCUCACACUGAAUUACCCAGCAGGACUCACACAGAGUUCACAACAACACCAGCUCAAGCGCAAAGCCUGCCAGUUUUUGUUACAUCUGUAGCCACCACUCCAUCAUCUUUUUCUGAAGAGGAUGGCAAACCAGACAGUGACAUACCACUCAAUAACAGAGAGACACCACAAAGAGAGGAGGAAACAACUGCAAAAGCUGACACAGGACUUGAUUUGGGGCACACUGUCAUUGGCGAGACUGUUGAAAUUUUAGGAAUUUACUCGUGCACAGAAAAUAUCUGUCUGAAUGGAGGAUCUUGCUACAGGACUGGAAGCAUCUACGCAUGUACCUGUGCUCCUGGUUACAGUGGUCAUCGCUGUGAAACAGACAUUGAUGAGUGCCAGUCAAACCCCUGUCGCAAUGGAGGUACAUGUGUUGAUGGGCUGGCUUCCUUCACAUGUGUGUGCCUCCCAAGCUACUCUGGGCUGUAUUGUGAGGAGGAUACAGAAACAUGUGACUAUGGCUGGCACAAGUUUCAGGGCCACUGCUACAAGUACUUCCCCCACAGAAGAAACUGGGACAAUGCAGAGAGAGAGUGUCGCAUGCACGGGGCUCAUCUUUCCAGCAUCAUCUCCCACGAGGAGCAACAGUUUGUCAACCGUCUUGGACAGGACUACCAGUGGAUUGGCUUGAAUGAUAAGAUGUUUGACAGUGACUUCCGCUGGACUGACGGCAGCCCUGUGCAAUAUGAAAACUGGAGGCCCAACCAGCCUGACAGCUUCUUCACUUCCGGCGAAGAUUGUGUUGUGAUGAUAUGGCAUGAGGACGGCCAGUGGAAUGAUGUUCCUUGUAACUACCACCUCACCUACACGUGUAAAAAAGGCACAGUGGCCUGUAACCAGCCCCCUCUGGUGGAGAAUGCCCGUACUUUUGGCAAGAAACGUGAGAGGUAUGAGAUCAACUCGCUGGUGAGGUACCAGUGCCGGACCGGCUUUAUUCAAAGGCACCUCCCAACUAUCCGUUGUCGUGGGGAUGGACAUUGGGAUAGCCCUAAAAUCACCUGCAUGAACCCAUCGAGCUACCAGAGGACCUUCUUCAGAAGACAUCAACACAACAGUCUCUACAGUAUUCACAACUUCAAGCCAAGGCCGGAUGAGGCCUUACGCUUUCACCAUCCACUCUACCGGGGAAAAAGAGACAGGACUGAUCAUAAGCGGCAGAGAUAGUAAAAUGCCAUGUGACAUGGCACAGCUUCCCCGAGAUGAGAACACAUGGCUGAUGCUUGUGUGGAAAGAGGAGAAGGAUUCCCCAAGGAAAGCACGAGAGACAACUCAUCAAAGAAACCAAGAGGAUAACCUGCAGUUUUCUUGCUUUUUGGAUGAUGAUGAUGGAAUUUUAUGAAGUGCCUUUUAAAAAUAUGUUGAGACAUGACUUUCCUUAUCAAGGGGCACUGUUUUAUAACAAUGCCAACGCGGAUACAAAAAACUUUCAGCUGGCUACUGGAAAAGCAAAAAGUACACUCUUUGUUCUUUUAACUGCGGGAGUUUGUUCUGUGUCCUUAGCUUAUCAAAUAAUACACUCAUGACUGUUGUCUAAUACCUUUAUACACCAACUGUGCUAUUUAAAAUCACCGUAAGUGUUCCUUAUCCAUAGAAAAAAGAAAGGUGUUGUGAAAUCAUAGCGCUUAUGUUGUGUAAAGGAAUCCAUUAUGUUGUCGUGCUGUUUUAAGCUGGACUUCAUUUUAAUGAGCAUGCGUGCGUAUGCAUAUAUACUGAAGUCCUCAAAUGUUUAAGUGUGUUUAUUCUAUGUCAAGACAUGAUCAGUACACAAUUGGAGGCACUGGUGGCAAUAAUUAACCAUACAAAGGACUUAUAGUAGAAUAUUGUAUCACAUUCUUUCAGAACUGUAAACCUUUGUUUAAGAAAAACAAAUCUUUCUCCAGUGUUCAAACCUAAUCAGCAGGGUUUCUAAGCUUUGCUAGUGGUUGCUAUUUUGAUUUUGGAUUAACAAGACGCCCAUGUCUGGGGGAAUUUCACCAAAUUGCUCAAUUGACUGCUGGAGACCUUCUUUGUAGCAGCAGCUUUCAAAGUACCAAAUUACCACCUUUCAUUAACUCCAGCCGUCAUUGCGUGUCAUCGAUGUCUUGUCAAGAUAGAUGUUUAUGAAUAGAUUUCUAUACAGAGAAUUUUUCAAAACAUAUUGAUAUUUCUUUUGUGUGAUUUUUUUUUUUUUUUGCAAUUUAAAAUGAGAGGUUGCUCUCUGAGUACUUACCGACAAAGCCUUUAUCCACUGAUGGAAAUCGAUGCCCAUCAACUAUGUUCAAAUGAAAGAAGGGAGGUGUGGCUCAAGUAGCCUGUAUUUUCUGCUAAUGUGUGUUCAGCGCAUAACUUACAAUUAGACGCUACAGCAUGUUUACGAAAAACGCAAUGCUGUUUAUAAUUACACGCCAAAGAGUCUCGCUGUCAUCUGUUGCUGUUGUGCUGUAGCUUGUGACGGUUUAAUGCUUUUCUUCUGGACACUUAACUUUUCUGUUAUUGUGGUCGAUUGAAAUCAGACUUUGAGGGAAUGUAUUUUGUGAAACACUCAAAAAGACUUGAACAUAACGGCUGUUUAGGCACAGACGCGUAUAAUUUAUUUUCAAGCUGCUCUUGAUCUCCUUACUUGUUCUGUACUCACAGGUAAAAUAUGAUGCUGUCACCUGUCCCAGCAGUGCUCUUCAUAUAUUUUUAUUAUAUGUGCAACAGGAGACCAGCCACAAUCACAGACUGUCUAAAUGGAAUGCAUUGAAGAUGAAAAGCUACUUAACAGUACAAUGGAUUUAUUCCUUUUUAUUUUAUUUUAUUUUUUACAUCUUUAAUGCCAACAGUGGACCAAAGAAUAUGGAGGGCCCCAUCGGCUGCAAUAAUGUUCUGUAACAUUAACAAAUAUUUGUACAUGUGGAUGGUUGUGUGUCUCUGGCAUUUUUUUUUUCAAUGGAAAAAUGUUGGAGAAGUUUGUAUUGUCUGUCUGUGAAUGUCUGUGUGUGUGUCUUAAUGUGCAUAUAAUAUCAUUUUAUAUUUAUAACUGUUUUUUUGUUUGUUAUUUUGUUAUUGUUUUUUUUACAAUGUGAA